UUGUCAAAUGUGUUGUGCAGCGUACCAUUUAUAAUAUUUGAGGGUAAAAACAGUCAAAUUGUUAAAUAUACAUAAUUCCGAUGUCGAUGUCUGAUAAAAUGGUAAUGGUGCCUGUUUCGUCGAAUAGUAGUUUGCGUGCGUAAUUAAAAAUUGAUGCAAAAUAUAAUUUUUUUGAGUGAUUUUUUUCCCGACCCUUUUUACAAUGCCUACGUUUUCCAGGAAAAUCCACACAACUUGGCUCAGCGUUUUCACCGGAAUUAUUUUGUUCUUUGCGACACUUGUCUUCUAUAUAACGGUCCAUCUGGUGGUGACUGUUGUCAUAUUUGUUAAAUAUAGAAAAGUUCCUGGUGAAACCGGGACACUCUUUAGUGAAAUGAAACAAGGGCUGAGCCAUAGCUUUUUUCUAUAUCGUACAAUCGGCUACGACUUGGUCGAUGAAGUUCAAAAACAGUAUAAAUGUUGUGGUGUUAUCGGAUCUAAUGAAUAUCAGGAAGUUCCAAAUAGUUGCUGUGAGGGUAAGGGCAGCUGUUCCCAUUCAGAUGCAUUCAAAAAGGGCUGUCUUGAAGUAAUGUUUAAGGAGCAACAAACAUACGGUUAUCUGUUUGGUUUAAUUCAUGUUAUACUGCUUCUUUGCGAGAUUACUGCAGCUGUCUUGUCCUUUUAUUUGAUACUUUGAGAGAGUAAACAUAAUAAAUACAAGGCUACAUAGUAAAAGUUGAAAAAUCGAUUAACCUAUGGUGCACUCUACAUUGUAAU